AUGGCGGAUGAUAGUGAAGUCCAGUACUCUGCAGAAGAUGAAGCUCCCGUGGAGUCGCUUAUCAAGGGACGCGCCAAACGAAGUACAGCCGGCCGUCUUAUGUCCUCCCUUCUCGAUGCCGAAGCAGACGAUGACCUCGCCCUUUUAUUCGAAGAAGUAGACGAUGAUAACGAAUUCGAUGUGGGUGCAGAUCAAGAAUGGGGGGAGGAGGAGGAUAUGGGACUAGAUUCUUCAUCGGAUGAUGACGACGACCAAGGCCCAAAUGCGCGGGACGAUUAUGAAGGGGAGAAACAAAUUGAAAAGGAAGAAAAGGCUGAAAAGAGAAAACGACGGGCUCAGCAGGACCUCCGCAUCAAGAUUGCAAGCAAAAAGGUCAAAAUUGAUCCCACCGCUGUUCCAGCUGUAACUGCUUCUCGACCGAAAAAGAAAUCGGAACGGAUCUCAUGGAUUCCUACGCCUGAGGAUGGCCCUACACGGUCGUCUUCCCGCCGGCAGACGAUGCAGAACAAAGAACUCACACAUGCCCGGCUCAAGGAUAGCGAAGAGAAGCGGGUUCGGCUAAUCGCCACCAUGGAGGAGGCUGCCAAACGGAAAGCGCAGUUCAAGCCAAAAGAGAUGACGCAAGCUGAGCGACUCGCAGAGGCCGAGCGAGUCGAAACGCUCAACAGCAAAAGUCUCAAUCGAUGGGAGGAGAUGGAGAAGAGGAAAGCAGAAGAAAGGCGCGCUAAGAUCGAAGCCCUUCAGAACCGUCGCCUUGAAGGGCCCGUCAUGUCUUAUUGGAGUGGCGUUGCUACUUGGAUUAAUGGUCGCUUAAUGCGCCUUGGCAAAGUCGAUGUCACACCCAAACUAGAGAAAGAAGAUAGUGGUCGCAGGAAAAGCAAGAAGUUGGAAAAGGAAGAGAAAAAUGUGACAGAGCAAAAAUCUAUCGAGAAAUCCGUUACGGCUGGGUCUGCCACGUCGCAAACUGCCCCUCCCACGAGCUCGGGGCCUCUUGCAAAUCCGGCACCACCUGCUGAAGAGGGACCUGCGAAGCAAAAUCAGGAUAGUUCCGAAAGUCAACAAGCCGACAGUACCCAUGCAAAGGAGGGUGGCGAAAGUGCAGGUGAUAUUACUACCAUGUACCCCACUACUCCUGCUCCGUCAGUCGCUCCAGGCCACUCUUCUACCCCUGCAGCAAAUGAUGCCCCAGCUGCCGACACGAGUCAAGAGAUCCGGGCGCCAAAAAUCGCGAUAGAGCAGCAAAAAGAGACUACCCCACCUAAAGCAACUGCUGAAAGCUCGAGCAAUGAGAAGGAAGUAACAAUCGACGUAAGUGGAAAAACAGAGGAGCCAACAAAAGAACUAGUCCGAGAGCCAACACAGGCACCAAACAAGACUGUGCCUAAUUCUGAGAAGUUGGACAUCCCAGAAGUGCCGCCUGCAGAAGGAAAGAUGGAUGAUGUAUCAAAUGGAUUGAUCCCAGAGCCUUCUGUAUCAGUUGACGCUACCUCUGAAGACGUUACCGCGUCUCAAGUUGUUUCUCCUGCUGCUGCUGCUCCGGAUACCAUGCCGGCUACUGCACAACCUAACCAAGAAGGAAAAUCGUCUUCUCCUACACAGAAAAAACAGGAGUCACCUACGAUACACGUAGACCCAUCGACAGCCGCAAAUGUGGAUGCGCCAGAGCUGGAAACCCCUCAGCCUCCACCGGUCAUCGAGCACAUGGGACGAAACCUAACGGUACUGGAGAAUUUCGAUGACAAAACUGCUCAGAGUCGUGAAUUUAGUAUCUAUUUCAACGCAAAGAAGCCCCCUCGGCUUACCAAGAUAUCCUCGUCACUCUGUGUUAUCACAUCCCUUCCAUCACGGUACCGAGACCCCGAAACUUCUCUGCCAUUCGCCAACGCUUAUGCAUAUCAUGAAAUUCGACAUACCGUUGCCCAAAAGUACGCUUGGAGCCCUAUGCUCGGAUGCUAUGUGGGACCUACUGGGGUCGCGGCGCGUGGAGUCCCGGAACGGUUUCUAGGUGGUCCGCAGGCUAGGGCUGAGACCGAGGAUGGAGAGAAGAAAGUAAGCUAUCACGACAGUGAAUCUACUGGGGCAGAAACGGAUAAGGAAGGUAAGACAAAAUCUUCUGGUGGUGCUUCCAACACGCUCACGCCGGCGCCUCCUGCGACACCAACAGCUGUCGUAGACGAUGCAGGUGAUCCAAUGGAAGUCGACAAUCCCUGA